AUGUUUCCAAGCUAUUAUUCGGAGCCACUCGCUCAAUUAUCAUCAUUGUCAUCGUCAUCAUCAAUAUCUGAUAAUAGCAAUCACUACUCCCCUAAUAAUAUUUUUUCUGAUGAGGAAGUUAUUAAUUUAGCUUCAAAUAACCCGAAAAAGCCAGCUGGCAGGAAGAAGUUUCGAGAAACUCGACAUCCAGUAUUCAGGGGAAUCCGGAUGAGGAAUUCUGGAAAAUGGGUUUGUGAAGUUAGAGAACCAAAUAAGAAAUCUAGAAUUUGGCUUGGCACAUUCCCUACUGCUGAAAUGGCGGCUAGAGCUCAUGAUGUGGCGGCUUUAGCAUUAAGGGGCCGUUCUGCUUGCUUGAACUUUGCUGACUCUGUUUGGAGGUUGCCUAUCCCUGCUUCCUCCAACUCUAAGGAUAUUCAAAAGACGGCCGCUGAGGCCGCCGAAAUCUUCCGACCAUCAGAGUCGGAAGAAGUUUCAGGAGAAUGUAGCAAUACUACUACUCCUGAAACGCCAGAAAAGGCCCUCUCUAUGAAUGAGGAAGCGCAAGUGAAUAGUUUCUUCAUGGAUGAGGAAGCGCUUUUCUACAUGCCAGGAUUAAUUGCGAAUAUGGCGGAAGGACUCAUGCUACCUCUACCUCAAUGUUUAGAAAUCGGAGAUUAUGUAGAAGCUGAUGAUGCUUACAUGCCUUUAUGGAAUUAUUCAAUCUAA